CGGCCCGUCUCACAACACUGAUGCCACAAGCCGCAAGCCAUGUGACGAAAUAACCUAUGAAAGUUAUUUAUACAAAGAAGACAUAUUUUGGCUGCACGUUUUAUUAGCAUUUUCGAAUGAUGGAGAGUGGAGAAAAAAUAACGCAUAUAGAAGAUAUAUUAAACGGAAAUGAAGCGCCUGUGCAUACUAAAGAUGUAUCAGAAUCUUCAUCCAGUAUCGAGAAACGUGAGAAAUUAUGUAUUCCGAGGGGUAAACCAAAAUCUGGUAGGAUAUGGAAGGAACAGAAAACAAAGUUUUCUUCAAUAAUUAAAACACGUGGUAUUCGAUUAUCACUAGCUAAAAAACAAAAGUUAAGAGAAGAUUUGAAACGUGUUAAGGAAAUGUCAAGAGAGAUCAAGGCACAAAAACAGGCAGAAAAGGAGUCUAAAAAGCAACGAAGAAGAGAAAACUUGAAAAGAGCGGAAGAGAAUCGAAAGAAGAGCGAAGUAGUACAACCUAUUAAAAAUCUUUCAAAAAUAAAGAGAAUGAAAAAGAAACAGUUAAGAAUGAUUGAAAAAAGAGACACAAGUAACAUGUAACAUUAAAAAAAAUAUAUAUAUAUAUAAAUAGGACAUUGAGUAUACAAAGUACUGUUAUUUGUUAAAAAUAAUUCUUAAUAAUAGUAUUUUUAAUCUCUAGCACAUGGAUUUCUUUAUAUAUUAAAAAAAAAAA